GCACGGAUCCCCUACAAGUACCCACAUUACUAUUACUAAGUAAAUCCCACUGUACCAGAACAAUUGCUCCAACCAAAACAGCCAUUAAAAAUCAUCAUUUUGUGUGAACUUGAGUGGCAGUUCAUUGAACGAAACGUUCUUGGCAUGAAUAGGACGAAGAACCAUUAUGUUUAAUCCAGUGUUCACUUAAGAAAGGGUGAAAAUAGACUGAAACUGUGUAGUUGCUGUGAUUCUGUGAAUUAUGAAUGAGAAGAGCUCACUACUAAACGAGGGGAAGGGACAGCUUCCGAUCUUCCGUUUGUCAUCUAUCUUGUGAUGCACAAUUUCCACUUGGCCGAUCAAAUCUGGCAACUACUCCCAGGAUGAACAUCUCGUGGUCACCAGAGGAUGGGGAAAUCGAGCCGAUCUGGCACUCACACAUCAACGCAUCAUACGAGUACAACGAGAGUUUCCCCAUUUACGAGGAUAUCGAUGAACUCUACGAUGUUCCCACUGGAAUCAUAUUUCUCUUGAGCGUCUGCUACGGCAGCAUCUCGGUGCUCGCUGUAGCGGGUAAUUCCCUGGUGAUGUGGAUUGUCGCGACAUCGAGGAGAAUGCAGAGUGUUACCAACUGCUUCAUCGCUAAUCUUGCCCUCGCAGACAUUGUCAUCGGACUAUUUGCUAUCCCAUUCCAGUUCCAAGCGGCACUUCUCCAGCGGUGGAACUUACCUUACUUCAUGUGCGCCUUUUGUCCAUUUGUGCAAGUACUCUGCGUCAACGUUUCCGUCUUCACUCUCACAGCAAUAGCAGUGGAUCGUCACAGGGCAAUUCUCAAACCUUUAAGUGCGAGACCCAGUAAACUACGUGCAAAAAUCAUCAUUGCUGGUAUUUGGAUGGUGAGUGGUGCUUUGGCUGCUCCAAUGGCGGCUGCCCUUAGGGUUGUCCUAGUCCCAGAGAGUUCAAAUGGUGGUCGUUACCAUGUGAAACCAUUCUGCCAGAACGUGAACAUGUCAGAGGGUUCAAUGUUGACAUAUCGUGCAUUACUUGGUUUUCUCCAGUAUUUGACACCCCUAAGUAUAAUUUCGUGUGUGUACGCACGGAUGGCAUUGAAACUCUGGGGCAGUAGAGCACCGGGAAAUGCCCAGGACUCGCGGGAUGCCAAUCUCAUGAAAAACAAAAAAAAAGUGAUUAAAAUGCUGGUUAUAGUCGUUGCAUUAUUCGCGGUCUGCUGGCUACCGCUUCAAACGUACAAUGUGCUCCAGUAUACUUACGCCGAGAUUAAUGAGUACAGGUACAUUAACAUUAUAUGGUUUUGCUGCGACUGGCUGGCCAUGUCGAAUAGCUGCUACAAUCCAUUCAUCUAUGGAAUUUACAACGAGAAAUUCAAGAGGGAAUUUCAACAGCGGUGCCCAUUCAGAUCCAGAAAAUGGUCCGCAAGUCCUCCCACCGAGAGCUUAGAUAUGGAUAAGACCCAGACAACGAGAGCGUCGUUUAGGUAUAUUCUCAGAUAUGACUGGCGCAGGCCGACAUCCGGUUAUCAGUCCAACAGUUCAUUCUACAGAGGUGUUUCUCUACGCGAUCCAUCGAGAUCCUCUGUCAAUGGCCUGGACCCUGACUCUCGGUCCCUCAAGUCCAGCUGCUGCAUCCGAAACGGAAACAACAAUCGCAACAGCAUUCACCGAUCAACGAACAGAAACAAUGAUAUCAGCACUGGUGAAUUAUAUGUUUUCUCAUCUGGCCGGCACAAACAUACGCGAGAACUCGGGGAACACCAGGAGUUGUGUCUGUGAUUAAAUUCAUUCGGUUGUCCCUCAGUCGAACUGAAGACAGAAUGGAUAAGCAAAUUUACGGACUCGGAGAUUAUUUUCGUCGUGUUUGUGUUGGCGUUCAGCUUCAGUUCCAGGUUGUCGAGAUAUAAGUAGGGAAAACUUUUAUGGAAAAAAACUUGACGCUUUCUUUGAAAAAUCCACUGGAUUUUUAUUGGAACUCUUUAAGAGUUAAUUCGCUUCGAAUCAAAUGUUGGAAAUUUUUCAAUUGAAAUUGAAAAAAAAUCGACCAUCUCAAAGUUGGAGAUAAAUUGUGAGAAGAAUAUUAUUUUUUACUCUAUUCGCUUCCUAAAUUCCUAUAAUGGAAUGAAAAGUAUUCCCAAUACUUAAACAUCCCCGAAAUCUAUAAAUCGACGAAAACUUGCCAAACAUUCGUCAUAUCCGGUCAUUAAUGUACAUUAAUGUACAGUUCUGUUCAGUUACUUCGAAGGAUGAUCAAUUUUUAUUCUAGUCAAACUAAGGACAUAUUCCGGGGGAAAACAUUCGCGUUUAUAGCUGUAAAUAAUAAGUAAGCAAACAGGACAGACGAUCAAUAUUGCUGUCAAUUCUUGUACUUUUGGAUGCAUGCAGGACGACAGGAUAAUGUGAUUAAUUGGGUACACGUAGCAGUUUUCCCUGGAGAGUAAUGCAAUUUGGGAUGAUUUAAUUAAUAAUAUCUGAAUGGGAUAUUUUUUAAGAAAAUGCAAUAGGAAAACCUGUCACCGUCUCCAUUUAUGUAAAAAAAAAACGUCCGCAGAAAAACCGCUAUUUUCGCCAAAAAUUCUUUUGAAAUUUUCGCCAUUUCGUGUACGAAAUUCCGAAGAUGCUUGAUUUUUCUAUUUAAUUUUCUUUCUCUAGACGCUCAGGAUAAAAGUGAAUAUGUAAGGUUCCUGAAAAUGCUAUUUUGUUUUUUAGUUUUCUAUUUUGUUGUGAAGAAAAUUGUAGUGAUGUGAGGAAUCAUCGGUAUUCCAUGGAAUAAAAUUCUCCAAAUUCUGGAUUUACCUGAUAGGAAGGGGAAAAUAUUCUCCCAAUAUUUUUCUUCACUUCACUACUCAAGUCUGUGCCUGCC